CUACAGCUUGGGAGGAGCUUCGGGAUUUUCCCCCCUUGUUUCACGCCACUCUCGAGUGAGGACUCGUUUGCAAAAGGAGAUAUAGGGGGAAAGGUGUCUGAACAGCCUCAAUCUGGCAUCUAUCGAUAAAAUGAGCCCACCAGACACAUCCAACACCACGAGCGAAGAAGGGGAGGCUGGUGAAACUGAUCUCUGGUUUCUCCUGAACAACAGCAUGGGUUUACACCCACCCGGCUUCCACACUGACAUCACCAAGCACCUUGGAGUGCAGAUCACCCUGAUCACAGCUUAUUCCCUAAUCAUUCUGCUUGGGCUGCUGGGAAACGCUCUCGUUAUCUACAUGAUUAUUCGUUACAGAAACAUGCGGACAGUGACUAACUUCUUCAUCGCUAACCUGGCCCUGGCAGACCUCCUGGUGGACACUCUCUGCCUGCCCUUCACUCUGGUUUACACUCUGCUAGAUGAGUGGAAGUUUGGGGCUGUGCUGUGCCACAUGGUGCCAUUUGCCCAGGCCCUGAGCGUGCAUGUAUCCAUCCUGACUCUGACUGUCAUCGCUCUGGAGCGCUACCGCUGCAUCGUCUUUCACCUCGGCCGGCGCCUCACGUGGCACUCCAGCUUCCUCAUCAUGGCAUUCACCUGGACUAUGUCUGCCGUCCUGGCAGCACCCCUGGCCAUCUUCAGAGAGUACCGCCAUGAAGAGAUUCUUUCCAUCAACCUGCAUAUUGCAGUCUGCUCUGAGAAGUGGCCCCAUGGGACCAGCAGGGACGGAGUUAUCUACAGCCUCUCAAUGCUGCUCCUACAGUAUAUUCUUCCUUUAGCAAUCAUCAGUUAUGCCUACAUCUGCAUCUGGGUCAAACUGAAGAAUCACAUUAGCCCUUCCAGUCGUAACGACAGCAUCAACCGCCGCAAAAAGACCACCAAGAUGUUGGCGCUGGUGGUGGUGGUGUUUGCUAUCUGCUGGCUGCCGUUCCACGUGUUUCAGCUGGCCAGUGACCUGGACCUGGUGCUCAGAUUUAAGGAGUACAAACUGAUAUACACAGUGUUCCAUAUCAUAGCUAUGUGUUCAACUUUUGCUAACCCUCUCCUGUAUGGGUGGAUGAAUAAAAACUAUAGGAACGGCUUCCUCAUGGUGUUCCGUUGUGAAGAUAAGCCAGAAUCUUUCCACCCUGAGGGCUCCUUUAGGACACGCUCCAUAAGAAGGCUGACUCUGAAUGGCCGUAAUGGCGGACACCCUCCGACUGCUGUAUGAGGUUACCUCAACUUCAACAGCCUGUUGGAUGUGACUGAACACCUCUGGGUUGUGGUGCUUGUGGUUCAAAAGUAGCCUUUUGACUUGAAUGAGCUUGAGUAUCUAUGUCACUGGAGAGGGCUGAAAGCUUUGCAUGCAACGCGCUUAAUGUAAGGCUCUUCUUUCCAUUGUGAUGGUACUAGUGAAAAACAUUUGUCAAACCUAUUCAAAUAUGUGUUUAAGAUGUUUACUGGGCUGUUAAUUAACAAUGUACAAUGUAUAAUGUGUUUCCUGUAAAUGCAAAACUGUUGUUGGUAAGUCAAGUCCAAUUAAUUAUGCACUCCACUGCAUACAUCGUCUGAGGCUAUUAAUGUGUUCAUACUUAGUGAAGGGAAGAAAUUGAUUAAUGUGACUGUAUGAACAAGAUUAAUUCUUCACACUUGUUUUUCUAUUUGUUGGCUGUUCAAAAACAUUUGGAUCAUUUUCACUUAAUUAAUCCAAAUGCUGUGUUUUGGAUUAAUUCCAAUGUUCUCGCAGAGUAACAUUCGAUCAUUGCCCAAGGAAUCCAGAGGAGUUUAUUUGCUGUCCAUCCAGGGAGUUAAGUGGGUUCACCUGGUAACCAGCUGUUCCUUAUUAGGUGGGCCAGUAGGACUCCGAGUCCAAAGGAGUGGGAUUGAAAACCAGUGAACUGUGUCAAGUGAGAGUCCUUGAUAUGUUUAUCACACAAUGUGGGCACGGUGGUGUAGUGGUUAGCACUCACAGCAAGAGGGUCGCCGAUUUGACUCUGGCCUGCGGCUCUUCAGUGUGGAGUUUGCAUGUUCUCCCUGUGUCAGUGUGGGUUCUCACCAGGUACUCCGGCUUCCUCCCACAGUCCAAAAACAUGCACUGCAUUUUAAUUGUUGACUCUUACUUGCCCAUAGGUGUAAAUGAGAGCGUCCUGUCCAGGGUGUACCCCGCCUCUCGCCCAGUCUCAGCUGGGAUCGGCUCCAGCCCCCCAUGACCCAAGUCAAUGAUUGAAGGAAUAAUGUGGGCAGCUGCUUUGAGGGUAUGCUUUGAAAAAGGGCAUUUGGAAGAAGACAUGAUUGCAUGUGCAUUCAGAGAUGCUUCAUCUUCAUUCAUCUUAGAUGAAUGGAGCCUUGGCCAGGAGGGCUUGAUGUCGUCAGACGGUGUCCAGUGGUCAUCGAGUGUUUCGACCCUGAACCGUAAUACCCUACCGCUGGUGGGUCGGCAGUGGUGGCCAAAUCACUGCUCAUCUCCUCCUCCUGGCUUCUAGCUCAGCCUCCCCCAUCCUGUGAGUUGCUGUCUUCCUCUCUGUCCCCGUUAUUCCCAAGGCUGUGAGCAAUCCCCAUACUAACUGGGCAGGGAAUCCUCUGCAGCUGACCUUGAGCAUGCCAUCCUUUUCACCUGCAGUCAUCCAAAAGGUCCUGGUAUUUUGCCCUCUGUCUUUCAGAGGCUUUAUCACACCCUUCUUUCCACGGGACUGUGAGUUCAACGAGAACGAUUUUCUUUGCCUCAUCAGACCACAGCACCACAUCCGGCCUCUGUCUGAACAACCGGGGGGUCUAAUGAACACAGGAACAUUAAUCAACCACAAGGCCUCUGGGCACACAUACUGAGCCCCCACUGCACUCAUACCUCCCAGAGUCGAUCAGACCAUUUGAAUUAAUUAUGUUUUGUGUGGUAAAUAAACUGAAAACUGGGCUUCGAUAAAGCGUACAUGAGUGGAUCUAAGUAAAGAAAUGUACAUUAUACAUACAUCAUAACCUGCCUGGGUAUAUAAUAAAACAUAAAAUGGUUGCAUAUUAUUAAAUGUAUUCAACACUGGCACCAUACAUAAACUACUCUUAACUUUUUGUUGUAGUAGUUUGUGCCAUGGUGCAUGAACCAUCCAUACUUACUGAGGGGUAAUAGAGGAAAUAUAUACUUGACAGCAAGAAAAUCAAUAAGGAUGGUAAAACCAUCCACAUAUUGGAAAUAUUCUCAUAACACUGAGGUGAAUCAAAGUCCUACACAUAAACAUUCAGACUUCAUUUUUGAAUAAUAAAAAAAGAACCAGUGGGUUCAAAUAACAUCCAAUAAA